UUACGAACCGGAAGGAUCAAACUUUAAACUGUUUUUCGGACGUGAAGUGGACAAACUCCACACCGGCCAUCUUUGCUAACUUAGCUAGCUCUUUUUGCUCUCCUGCAAGUAAAAACACUCUCCUGGACUCCAUAAAAAGGUCUUUGAGCAAAGCCCAAGCUUCGUUCAUUCAUCCAGCUGGGACAUGUAUUAACACAGCCACUAUUCAGUCAGACCCAGAAACCUCCUGGUUGUAUUUGGUUCACUGGUUUAUCAUUUCACGUCAUGUCGUCGUUUUCUGAGUCUGCGUUGGAGAAGAAGCUGUCAGAGCUGAGUAGCUCGCAGCAGAGUGUUCAGACGCUGUCCUUGUGGAUCAUACACCACCGCAAACAUUCAGGCACCAUCGUCCGUGUGUGGCACAAAGAGCUGAAGAAAGCCAAAAGCAGCCGGAAGUUGACCUUCCUUUACCUCGCCAAUGAUGUCAUUCAGAAUAGCAAAAAGAAAGGACCUGAGUUCACACGGGAUUUUGAAGGCGUCCUUGUUGAUGCCUGCUCACAUGUAGCAAGAGAAACAGAUGACAGCUGCAGGAAGCACAUCGAGAGGCUGUUGAACAUCUGGCAGGAGCGCAGUCUCUACCGCUCUGAUUUCAUCCAGCAGCUCAAACUGGCCAUCGAGGACUCGAACAGCCCCAGGCACAAAACUGCAGCAGAUGAGAAGAAGGGCUUGAAAAGAACGUUCCAGAAGGUUCAGGAAGAGGAAGAGGAAGAUGAUGAUGAUGAUUACAGGGCUCACUAUUCUCCCCAUGAGACAGACGGCGCUGGCCCACAGCUGACGGAGGAGCUGAUUAAAGCCCUGCAGGACCUGGAGAACGCUGCGUCUGGCGAUGCCACUGUGCGCCAGAAGAUCGCCUCUCUGCCUCAGGAAGUGCAGGAUGUCUCUCUGCUCGAGAAGAUCACAGAUAAGGAGGCAGCGGAUAAGCUGUCCAAAACGGUGGAUGAAGCGUGUCUUCUGCUGGCAGAGUACAACGGGAGACUGGCGGCCGAGCUGGAGGACCGCAGGCAGCUGGCCCGCAUACUGACAGAGUACAUCAACAGCCAGAAGGAGGCGCUGAACGAGAGGGAGAAAAAACUCGAGGAGUACAAGCAGAAGCUGGCGCGAGUCACUCAGGUGCGCAAAGAGCUGAAGUCUCACAUCCAGAGCCUGCCGGACCUCUCACUCCUGCCCAACGUCACUGGAGGACUGGCACCGCUGCCCUCGGCUGGGGAUCUCUUCUCCACCGACUGAUCAGUUCUCCUUACUCCCUCCCUCCAUCCUCAGUCUGGACUCUGAUUCCACCGUCACCAGCCGGUCAGCUGAUAUCAGGCCAAACCCUCACGCCCUGACCUUUGUGCUCGGGUUUUAGAAAAAAAAAAAAAUUCCUGCUGGGAUUUCAUCAAACAGCGAACGUGAACGUGACUCUGCUGUCUUAUCAUUAUUAGAAGAUUUUUUGUUUUGUUUUGAGUUUUACUGCUUUAGGGCGUGUUUUGGCUUUAUUUGCUUAUUAAUAAUCCCACAAGGUUUCUGUGUCGCCUGCUUUUUUCCCCUUUUUCAUCUGCUCAGUUUUAAAGACUAGGUAGUUGAAAUAAAUGAAAUAAACAGCCAAGUGACAAACCUUCAUCACCAUCAAGAUGGAGCGUCUCUGUUUAGGACUGGGUGAUAUGCUCUGAGUGUGGUGUUAUCUUUCAAUGAUGAAAGUUUUGUGUUAAAGAAAUAGUAACUUCACAAAAAUAGAGUUUCCAGAUGUAGUCAAUCAGCCAAGAUAUUUGCUAUAAUAAGCAAUGGAUAUCUGUUUUUACCAACAAUAUUUCCUCAAACUGUAACACAGUGUGACUUCCUGUAAUAUACCAGGUACCUGAGCUCAGGACAGUGUCAUGAAGCUGUAAAUGUACUUAUAACUUUAAAGUUACGAGGAUGAUAACUUUAUUUAAUAGAAAAGUCUGUAGGAGACACGGUCUACCAUCACAUAUCAGCUACAAGAGCCUUCAAAUGACACCAAAUAUAAUGGCAGAUUGAUGCAUUUUCCCUCCUGGAAGCUCUACAUGCACUAUGUUUUGUCUUGAAAGUACAGAACUGACAAAAGAUUCAUUCGCCCCUCUCAAAAUUUGACAUUUUGUUGAGAUUAAGUGAGAAAAUGAUGAUAUUUUGGCUCAUAUCGCUCAGUCCUGGUGUACGCUACUGACUCCACACUGUGGUUGAUACUCAUGUGAACAGGUGUGUCUACUGUACGUAGGUUUUUCUCUUUCUGAAGGCGCUGUGUUUCAUAGUAUAUUGCUGCAAAUAUGUCCCUGUAGUGGUCAAUCCAAAAGCAGUAUUUUUUCCGAAUUUGAGCUGACAGUUCAUGAAAUGUU